AUGAUUCUGACAGACUGGUCGUGGGAUUCUGUUUCUUUUUGCCACCUCUUGGUGGUUACGAUAAUAUUCGCUGUCUACCUAUUUCCACUGUUGAAAGUUUUCUUCAAUUAUACAAUUGGGAAAAUAUUAUUUUCAAAAAGAAAACAAUUAAAGCGUGCAGGUGAAUGGGCCAUAGUGACAGGGGCUACGGAUGGAAUAGGUAAAGCUUAUGCUGAACAACUGGCUAAAGAUGGCUUAAACAUUAUGCUGAUUAGUAGAAAUUUAGAGAAAUUGAAUAAAGUUGCUAAAGAGAUUGAAUCGUCUUAUGGGGUGAAAACACGUGUUGUUGUCGCAGACUUUACAAAGAAUAAUAUUUAUGAAUCAAUUGAAAAAGAAAUCGCCAGUCUGUCAUCUAUUGCUUGUUUAGUAAAUAAUGGUGGCAUGAGUUAUCCACACUUUGAUGAUUAUGGUGGCGCUAAAUGCAUAAAUUGGGAUUUUAUACAAGAUAUGAUCAUGUGUAAUACACACUCGAUCGCUGUAAUGACGUAUUUAGUCCUCCCAAGGUUAUUAGAGCAAAAAUCGGAAGCUAGUUCAGCCAUUAUAAAUAUUGGCUCAUUUGUCGCGACUGUAACAUCACCAUUUCAUUCACUGUGUGGUGCGACAAAAGCUUUUAUUCUUCAUUUUUCCCAAUCGAUUGCAGCGGAACUCCGUCUAUCGUCGUCGUCGUCAUCGUCAUCAACAACGACAACAAAUGGUCGAAAAGUUAUCAUACAAUCAGUUUGUCCAUUUUAUGUUGUCACAGCUAUGUCACUAGUUAAACGACCCUCGUUUUUCAUUCCAACGCCUACUGACUAUGUGAAUAGUGCGUUGAAUAUGUUAGGCGUCGAAGAAUUCACAAUGGGUUAUUUUACACAUGCAUUACAAGGCUGCUUCAAUAAUAUUUAUGAAUCAAUUGAAAAAGAAAUCGCCAGUCUGUCAUCUAUUGCUUGUUUAGUAAAUAAUGUUGGCAUGAGUUAUCCACACUUUGAUGAUUAUGGCGGCGCUAAAUUUAUGAAUUGUGAUUUUAUACAAGAUAUGAUCACGUGUAAUACACACUCGAUCGCUGUAAUGACGUAUUUAGUCCUUCCAAGGUUAUUAAAGCAAAAUUCGGAAGCUAGUUCAGCCAUUAUAAAUAUCGGCUCAUUCGCUGGUACUGUCACAACACCAUUUGGUUCAUUGUAUGGUGCGACAAAAGCUUUUGUUCAUCAUUUUUCCCAAUCGAUUGCAGCGGAACUCCGUCUAUCGUCGUCGUCGUCAUCGUCAUCAACAACGACAACAAAUGGUCGAAAAGUUAUCAUACAAUCAGUUUGUCCAUUUUAUGUUGUCACAUCUAUGUCACGAGUUAAACGACCCUCGUUUUUCAUUCCAACGCCUACUGACUAUGUGAAUAGUGCGUUGAAUAUGUUAGGCGUCGAAGAAUUCACAAUGGGUUAUUUUACACAUGCAUUACAAGGCUGCUUCAAUAAUAUUUAUGAAUCAAUUGAAAAAGAAAUCGCCAGUCUGUCAUCUAUUGCUUGUUUAGUAAAUAAUGUUGGCAUGAGUUAUCCACACUUUGAUGAUUAUGGCGGCGCUAAAUUUAUGAAUUGUGAUUUUAUACAAGAUAUGAUCACGUGUAAUACACACUCGAUCGCUGUAAUGACGUAUUUAGUCCUUCCAAGGUUAUUAAAGCAAAACUCGGAAGCUAGUUCAGCCAUUAUAAAUAUCGGCUCAUUCGCUGGUACUGUCACAACACCAUUUUGUUCAUUGUAUGGUGCGACAAAAGCUUUUAUUCUUCAUUUUUCCCAAUCGAUUGCAGCGGAACUCCGUCUAUCGUCGUCGUCGUCAUCGUCAUCAACAACGACAACAAAUUGUCAAAACGUUAUCAUACAAACCGUUUGUCCAUUUUAUGUUGUCACAUCUAUGUCACGAGUUAAACGACCCUCGUUUUUCAUUCCAACGCCUAAUGACUAUGUGAAUAGUGCGUUGAAUAUGUUAGGCGUCGAAGAAUUCACAAUGGGUUAUUUUACACAUGCAUUACAAGGCUGCUUCGUGAAUGUUGUACCUCUUUCAUGGAUACAUGAUAAGUGUAAAAUCCUGGCGGAGAAGGGACGUAAGAAAUACGGAUAA